AUGAUGUUGAGAAACAUGCUAUUUAGACGUUCCUUAACCACUUUAAUCCCACCAAAGAUCGUUUCUUCCAAUCAAGUAGCUAAAGCUCCAAAUGCUAAAAGAGUGUCUAAUAUGGUCAAUUUUUAUAAAUCAUUACCACAAGGACCAGCUCCAAAGAACAGUAAUCCAUCCGGUCUAAUUAAUUGGUAUAAGGCUAAAUAUUUCGAGAAGGAGAGUGUUCAACCUCUUUUACAUUUAACUGCCGCUAUUUUGGUUUUUAGUUACUCUUUAGAUUAUUACUUCCAUUUAAGACAUCACAAAGAUGGGAAACAUUAA